UCCGUCGCGGUCUUUUAAUGCUGGAGAAGAAACGCCAAAAAAAAACCGCGCGAUAACUACGCGUAAAUAGCCACUUCGACAAUGCGUUUGAUGUGAAAUCGAGACGUAAUUCAGUGUAAUACUAAAUCUCUACGACAAACACGAUCAAAUCCAUCAAACUCUGAACCACACGUAACUAGCCUGCUAGCUGUGAUGUAGCCUUGUGGAGAAACAUGUCAGGAUCAGGUGAUUAAUCGUGUUGAACACAGGUUAAAACACUCAGGUGUGUUCACAACUUAAGUCAAGUAUCACAUCGUGUGUGUUACCUGCUAACUAGCUCGUGUUUUUUUUACGCGUAAUCCAACAACAACACUUAAAAGUUGUGCAAUAGUGUGCAAUACAACUUUUUAAAAUCAAAUGUCACUGCAGCGUUACGUGGGAUAUAAACGGAGGUGUUUUUUUUAUAUUUGAUUCUAAAAAAUAAAAAAAAUAAAUGAGGUUACCACAUGGGGCGUCGAUUUAGCCGGCAGCUUAAGCUAAAGUUAGCCACGCAGCGUUAGCUCUGUGACAGGUCGUGCAGGCAGGAGAAACCUUUGCGUGCUGUGUCCACUGCACUGCCCUCCUCUUCUUCACACUGUACAGUGAGACAGGACGGGUUGCAGUAAAGAACAGAGAGGAGGAGAAGAAGAAGAAGAAGAAGGAGAGGAGAAUUUGGGGGCGAUGACAGCACUUCAAGACACAGAAGAUGCCAGUGAAACAGACCUUGCCAAGCAUGACGAGGAUGACUAUGUUGAAAUCAAAGAGCAGAUGUACCAAGACAAACUGGCCUCUCUGAAAAGACAGUUGCAGCAAUUACAAGAAGGUACGCUGCAGGAGUAUCAGAAGAGGAUGAAGAAGCUGGACCAGCAGUACAAAGAGAGACUUCGAAAUGCAGACCUGUUUCUACAGCUUGAGACAGAUCAGGUGGAGAGAAACUAUAUCAAGGAGAAGAAGGCGGCGGUGAAGGAGUUUGACGAUAAAAAGGUUGAACUGAAGGAAAAUCUAAUUGCAGAGCUGGAGGAGAAGAAGAAGAUGAUCGAGAACGAAAAAUUAACAAUGGAGCUGACAGGCGACUCGAUGGAGGUAAAACCUAUCAUGACUCGGAAGCUGAGGAGACGGCCUAAUGAUCCGGUCCCAAUACCAGACAAACGGAGAAAACCUGCACCAGCUCAGUUAAAUUAUUUGUUAACAGAUGACCAAAUAAUGGAAGAUCUAAGAACACUUAAUAAGCUAAAGUCACCCAAACGGCCAGUGUCUCCCUCGUCCCCGGAGCAUGUCCCCUCCGCUCCCAUGGAGAGCCCUUCACAGCGUUAUGAGGCCCGUAUCGAGGAGGGGAAACUUUACUACGACAAAAGAUGGUACCAUAAGAGCCAGGCUAUCUACCUGGAGUCUAAGGACAACACAAAGAUUAGCUGUGUCAUCAGCUCAGUCGGGACCAAUGAGAUUUGGGUGAGGAAGACGAGCGACAGUACAAAGAUGAGGAUCUACCUGGGACAGCUGCAAAGGGGAGCGUUUGUCAUCCGUCGACGGUCGGCUGCGUGAAACAUUACCCCACCCCUUCCCGCCCAAUUACCAUCUGUUCAUUUGUCUAUCCAUCCACCCUGUUGUUUAGCCCCUGUUUCCCUAUUUGGUGCUUCUCUGUUGAGUUUAACAUGUGGCCUCUUAUUCUUUAACAUCUAUCCCACAAAUCAUCCCCCACAACACAAGCAUACACAGUCCCAUCAGAUUGAAUCAAUUUUCCCACAUAAACCAAUUACUACUGUUUUCCAGCAUUAUCUGUCACUAUGUGGCAUGUUUGUGAAGGCAGUUACUGGUAUUAAAGAAGCCUGCUUUGAUUCCUUAUUUUUUGUCUCUUGCAGUUUUCAACACAUCUGUUUUCUACAUCAUCCCGUCUUAUUUACAUUUAUGGUUAAGUUAUUUUUCCUGAACAUUUUCAAGACUGUCUCACUGAUUUCAAAGGCACUUAGGAAAUGAUGAGAAUGAGCAGCAGGCGUGGCUGUACAUCAUGAAUCCCUUCACUGAAGAAGUAACCGUUCCAAAAAGAAUAAGUCUCUUGCACUGUCAUCGAGGAAUAGAGGCUGCUCUCUGUGCUGAUGGUUUGUCCUGAUAAUUUGUUCAAAAUUCCUAUGUAUGAAUUUCUUUUUAAAAAAAAAUGUAUUUUGAGGAUUUGAUGUUAUUUUUUUCUUAUUUUAUGUGAUAUUCUCCAUAUGUGAAUGAUCUGCAGAAGUUCAGCUGUAUGUGGAGCAUUAAGUUGACAGUUGAUUUGUACUGUGUUCCAUUUUAUUAAAAAUGUUAUUUGUUUUAA